AUGGCUUCUUCCCCCGAUGAAUAUGUGACUGACAGCCCCCCUCCACCCUAUGAAGAGGUGGAGGAAAAGCUCAAUGACCUCAUUGGAUCGAAUCCAACGCCGAAGAAGGUGCUCGAUGCCGCCAAGGGUCUCUCCAAAGGAGAGAUCGCAGUCCUCAUGAAGAGCGCUGAUAAGCAUUUUCCGCUGAAGACGAAGAAAGAAAAGCAGGACUUUGCCAUUGGUUUUGCUCAGACCGCGUCAUCCCCAGAAUCCAAGGAGUAUAUCUAUGCUUCGUCUUCGUCGGCCUCCCGAGCGGCAAAGGAGAUCAAUUCCAUUUUCCAGCGGCCAUUGUUCAAAAUAAUUCAGAUCGAUAAAGUCCAUAAGUCUGACUUUCAGAAGCCAUUGCUAGAGCUCCAGAACGUACGUACCAGACGCUGCUGCGGGAUAGUCGCAAUAUUUGCAGUUGACAUCGCUCAAUACGGAUCUUCAUUCGAUAAAGUUACAGUCAAAUUCUGCGCUGAUGAAAACCAGUCGAUCGAGGAGCGCCAAAGUCAAAUCAAGGACUACAUCGAGGAAUCCGAGAAAUUCAAAAAAGAUGCAGCUGGACUCGACAGCCGUUUCCAAGACCUCAUUCAGUCCUUUUCUGAUUUUGUCGGCACUUUCUCUGGCUGGGCUCAAGAUAAAGAGGGCAAAAUUACCGCGGAUAUCGAAGAGCUGGAGAAGAAAUUGGAGGAUCUGCGAAAGAAGUUGAGGGACCUUAAGAUUGCCAGAGACGCUUUCGUCACUAUUGGGGCUGGUAUUGUCCCAGUGAUCAGCAUACUAGUCCAAGUCUUUGAAGCUGGCGCCGUCCCGAUAGUGAUCGGAGGGCUCAUUGCUGCUGGUGUGUCCAUUGCAAUUAUUGUUGGCCUCACUGUUGGUAUUAACCUGACGGAGCAUGAAAUCGAUGAGAAGACCAAAAGGAAGGAAAAGCUCGAGAAGCAGCUUGAGAAGAUUCGACAGACUCGACAAGAGCUGGAGCUGCUUGGAAACAGCUCUCUCAACUCUUUUAGGUUGUCUGCCGGAAUACUGGCAGGCUACUGGCAGUCCACUAUUAAAGAUGCACGGGAGAUCCAACACUGGCUUAACGAAGGAGCCAAGAGCACGGAUCAACCCCAAUACAUGAAGCUGCACUUGACCAAGUCUGUGGCAAGCUAUGAGGUCAUGGCGGAGUACAUGAGAGAGUAUGCUCAGGGUGUUGAGUCACAGUAAAUGGAUUAGACUAUCAUAAGUAAGAACUUUUAUACCGAUAGGGUUAGAAAAAUUUAUGAUUACUACACCGAAAAUCUGACCAGGUGUAGACUUGUUUACUACACCAACGAAUCCAGG